AAUAAAUAUAUAAUCGUUUAAUAGACUGAUUUCUAGUCAUGACUUUUCAUACAUAAAUUCGUUAUUUGGCUGACAAUAAUCUAGUGUAUCAUAGUGAAAAUGACAGAGAAAAAAGCUGUGAUUAAGAAUGCUGAUAUGUCAGAAGAAAUGCAAGCUGAAGUAGUGAAAAUUUGUGUUGAAGCAUUGGAAACAUAUAACAUUGAGAAGGAUAUUGCUGCUUUUAUUAAAAAAGAAUGCGACAAAAGAUACAAUCCAACCUGGCAUUGCAUAGUUGGCAGAAACUUCGGCAGUUUGUUUCUGGUUCUGUAUACGUUUUUUAUGUGGGUAUAGUUUAAGAUAGGUCAGUAAACCGUAAGUAGUUAGUUCGAACCCAUUUACGAUUUAACAUGUCAUCGUCAUUCAAUAAUGAAUAGCUCAAUAUACUCAUGAAAAGUUAUUUUGGAAUUGAUGAACUUAUAAAAUAUUUUAGAAACCGGAUUAUUUGUCACUUGAUGGUGCAUAAUAUUUGAAAACUUACUUGGGCCUGUUUUACUAGUUAUUGAUUCUCUUAGUGACAUUUCGUUCAAUUAUCAUCUCGUUACCUAAGAUUGCGCUAAAAUAUUAGCGUUGCAGAGAUGGACAAAAGUGGUAUGAGUAGAAAUAAGACCAAACUAAGGACGCAUUACCAGUCAUUCUUGUUUGAACUCGUUAUAAGCAUCUGUAGUCUCGCUUUGUAAUCCUUAAUUCAUUUAUGUUCUCAGUUGUGUUUCUUCUAAUAGAUUAUAAUUUUUUUGUAAAUAAAUGACCCCACAGUUAUUCUCUUGGGUGUUACAAUGUAUUAUUGUUUUAGCAUUUAAUUAGCCACUAACCAAUUUUAGUUUAGCAUGUCUCACCAUAUCCCCUAAUACUUCCUGUUAGUACAUAAUGUGGUGGUAGCGAGUAAUUACAUCCUAUUUAGUCUAUAAAUUUGUCGUGUUUCGAACGAUGAAACGAAUAUAUUCCUUCUAAUAUAAGAAAACGAACCUUUACUGUCAGAUCAUUUUGUUAUGUCCCCACUUAACUAGUAAUUUGACCUAAAGGACAUAGGUCAUGUUUUAGUUUUACCUUUGUCUCAACCUUGAAACAUUUUGUUAUUAAACAGGAAUAAUCCAAUCGCUAACUAUUUUUGCCUUGAACUAAGAUUGGUUGACAAUUAAAGUAAUAAGAAUCUAGUAUUAAGCCGGUUUCAAUAGCAUUUCCUCAUCCAGAUGGUUGGUACUUUAUUUGACCGGUUCUUUAAAAACCGUUAGUAGACUAUCAAAAUUUAAAAACGGGUUAAUUGAAGUUGUCAGUAUGUAAUGUGCUAUUAAAAAAAAUUAACAUAUCAGUUAAUCUAUAAACCAGUUAUUUAGUUUUCGAAAUGUCUGAUGGCUAAUAUCACUCGGACUCAUUAUUUUUGCUUCUUUUGCAGCUACGUGACCCAUGAAACCAAACAUUUUAUCUACUUAUACCUUGGACAGGUCGCAAUUCUUGCUUUUAAAUCUGGAUGAUUGAUUUUUAUAACCUAUACAUAAAAUCCUAAAUUAAUUGUUUCUUUUUUACUAUCUUUGUCGUAUCGACCAGUUGUCUUACGUCUAAAUAAGUCAGAUAAAAAUCAAUAGAAUUAUUAAACUAGA